AUGUACCUGAUAACUGUUUUUGGAAACCUGGUCAUCAUCCUGGCCACCAUCUCAGACUCCCACCUCCACACCUCCAUGUACUUUUUCCUCUCCACCCUGUCCUUUGUAGACAUCUGUCUCACCUCCACCACAAUCCCAAAGAUGCUGAUGAAUAUUCAGGCUGAGAGCAAAGCCAUAACCUAUGAAGGCUGCAUUGCCCAGAUGUAUUUUUACACACUUUUUGCAGCAUUAGAUGACUUCCUGCUGACUGUGAUGGCCUGUGACCGGUAUGUGGCCAUCUGCCACCCCCUGCACUGCAUGGUCAUCAUGAGCCCCCGGCUCUGCGGACUCCUGUGUCUGGUAUCCUGGGUCUCCAUUGUCUCCUUGUUCUAUUGUACGAGCCUAGGAUUGUACCUUAGCUCUGCUGCUGCCCACAGCUCACAUUCAAGUGCAAUAGCCUCUGUGAUGUACACUGUGGUCACACCUAUGUUGAACCCCUUUAUCUAUAGUUUGAGGAACAACAACAUAAAGCAGGCUGUGAAGAGCUUUUACUUAAAGCCAUGUUAA